AAAAAAAGCAGAAAAAUAAGUGCCAGCCAGUGCCCUAUAAAAUGAAAAUUGAACAACAGAACCACAACAACAACAAAGAAACAAYUAAUAAUGUCCCUUUUUCCUGCUUCGUGGAUUUGUACUUGUACCAUGUCAAAUGAUCACUUUUCCAACAGGUUCGACAGUCCUUGGAGUCGUUAUUGCCAUUCUAGUUCUCUCUAUUGGUUUSAACUUACUACAAUUUGUGUAUCUAAAAAGAAGAGUACAACUGAGCAGUAGAAAACAAAGCCCAAUCCAAAAGAGAAAACCUCGGUCAAAGAAAGUUGCUUCUGAAGAAACCUACGAGAAUGAUCUUGAAUUGGAAGAUAAUCCAGCAUCAUUGGAUACAGCAUCUCGUSCACAACAGCCUGUUCAAAGUGGAUCAGAAUAUGAAACCAUCCAYAAACUAAWUCCUAACAAGGCARRCUYGUCUAAUGAUGCCAGUAAUUAUCAAGGACUCAAUUUGAUGCCAAACACGUCUAAUCAAGGGACAUGUGKACCAGUGUACGAGUCUCUUGGUACAGGAUUAGUGGAACCCAGAGUGAAGGAUAAUGAUAAUGAGCAACACCCAUAUGAACCAUUGAACAUUAGAAACCAAACCUCUGUCUAUCAAUCUCUGCAGACUAAAAGCAGUGAGUCGGCCAUAUAAAUUUGAGAAUAUCCAGGUCAUAAUCAAUAUUAACUGGCUACAUAUUAUAAAUAAUAACUACCAAAUCAUUUUACCUCUAAUUACAACUUGAAUAAAGGUGUUGUUUCUUGAUA